CUCUAUUUAAGCCUCCAUGGUUUCAACACUUCUGCUUGUGCACUAAAGCCAUACCAAAUACUCCACCAUGGCUUCACAUAUUCAUCACUAUCUACUAUUAUCCUUUAACAUAAUCCUUCACCUUUUUUCAUCUACAUUGUGUGAUCAAAACUUCAACAACUAUAUUAUUCACAUGAACUUAUCAGCCAUGCCAAAACCCUUCUUAAGUCAACAAAGUUGGUACUUAGCCACCCUUUCCUCACUACUUGACAUUACUUCUAACAACGACCAGUUGAGCUAUAUAUUUUCUCCAAAACUCACAUAUACCUACACUAAUGUCAUGAAUGGUUUCAGCGCAAGUUUGUCUCCUUUAGAGCUUGAAGCUCUGAAAACCACUCCCGGAUAUAUUUCAUCCAUAAGGGAUUUACCUAUCAAACCAGACACAACACACUCACCUCACUUCAUUGGCCUCAAUCCUGUUUUCGGAACAUGGCCUACAACACAAUAUGGAAAAAACAUCAUCAUUGGUUUAAUUGACAGUGGAAUUUGGCCAGAAAGUGAAAGCUUCAAAGAUGAUGAGAUGCCUAAUAUCCCCUCAAGAUGGAAAGGCAAGUGUGAAAAUGGUACUCAAUUUGAUUCCUCAUUGUGCAACAAAAAACUCAUAGGAGCUCGAUUCUUUAACAAAGGAUUACUAGCAAAUAAUCCUAACAUCACUAUAACCAUGAACUCCACACGUGACAUAGACGGUCAUGGUACUCACACUUCAACCACUGCUGCUGGAAGUAAAGUUGAGGAUGCAUCCUUCUUCGGCUAUGCCGCUGGAUCAGCCAUAGGCAUGGCUCCACAUGCUCAUGUAUCCAUGUACAAGGUGUUGUGGAAAGAAGGAGCAUAUGCAUCUGAUACAAUAGCUGCAAUUGAUAGUGCAAUAUCAGAUGGUGUAGAUGUUCUUUCAUUAUCAUUGGGGUUUGAUGAGGCACCUUUGUAUGAAGAUCCUGUAGCUAUAGCCACAUUUGCAGCUAUGGAGAAAAACAUUUUUGUAUCUACAUCUGCAGGGAACAGAGGACCAGUGCUUGAAACUCUCCACAAUGGAACACCAUGGGUAAUAACAGUUGCUGCUGGCACAAUGGAUCGUGAAUUUCACGGGGAUUUAACACUUGGAAAUGGAGCCAAAGUCACUGGUUUGUCUCUCUAUCCGGGGAAUUUUUCUUCAGGCAAGGUCCCAAUGGUUUUCUUGAGCUCAUGUGAUAAUUUGAAAGAACUCAUCAGAGCAAGAAACAAGAUCGUGGUGUGUGAAGACAAGAACCGAACACUUGCUACUCAAGUGGAUAACUUGGACAGAAUAAAAGUUGUUGCGGGUGUUUUCAUAUCAAAUAGUUCUGAGGAUAUAACAUAUUACAUUCAAACUAAGUUUCCAUCUAUUUUUUUGAAUCCAAUUAAUGGAGAACUUAUCAAGGAUUUCAUUAAGUGCAAUACUAAUCCAAAAGCAAGCAUGCAAUUUAAUAAAACUGUUUUAGGUACAAAACCAGCACCAAGUGUGGAUAGUUAUAGCUCAAGAGGGCCAUCACAUAGUUGUCCAUUUGUAUUGAAACCAGACAUCACAGCACCAGGAACACUAAUCUUAGCUUCAUGGCCUCAAAAUGUUCCAGCAACAGAGCUGCAAUUCCAGAACAAUCUCUUCAACAACUUCAACUUGUUAAGUGGAACAUCAAUGUCAUGUCCACACGUUGCAGGUGUAGCAGCACUUUUAAAAGAAAUGCACCCUUGUUGGAGCCCAGCAGCCAUUAGAUCGGCUAUGAUGACAACAUCAGACAUGUUAGACAACACAAAAGAACUCAUCACAGACAUUGGUAAUGGUUACAGACCAGCUUCACCUUUAGCUUUGGGAGCCGGACAUAUCAAUCCCAAUAGAGCACUUGAUCCUGGACUUGUUUAUGAUGCAGGAAAACAAGAUUAUGUGAAUCUUCUAUGUGCAUUAAACUUCACUCAGAAGAAUAUCGCAGCCAUCACGAGAUCGUCUUUUAACAAUUGUUCUAACCCUUCUUUGGACCUUAAUUACCCUUCUUUUAUUUCCUUUUUCAAUAAUGCUAGUGUUAAAUCAAAGGUGAUUACACAAGAAUUUCAAAGAACAGUAACCAAUGUUGGAGAGGAACCAACCAUCUACGUAGCCAACAUUACACCUAUUGAAGGGUUCCAUGUUAGUGUUAUCCCAAACAAGUUGGUGUUUAAGGAGAAAAAUGAAAAGGUGGCAUACAAGUUGAGGAUAGAAGGUCCCAAAAUGGAGGAAAAUAAAGUAGUUUUUGGGUAUCUCACUUGGACAGACUCGAAACACAAUGUCAGAAGUCCCAUUGUUGUGACUAGCCUCAACUCAGAAUUAACACCCCCAUAGAGCUUAAAGUGUUUCCUUGAAUAUUAAUGAUUGCUUAGGUUAAGAUGAGGAUAUUAUGCUUCUACCAAUCCUUGAUUUCAUUUUUCUCAAUUCAUGACCAGAUCAUUACUUGAUAUUUUUAUUA